AAACGAUGAAUCAUCUCCCCUACACGGGCGAAGUAGCUUAACAUAUACAUAUACAGUCUCUGCUCUCCCUCUCCCUCGCUACUUUUUUUAGGGCGGGAGAUAAAUCCAUUGCCUUCUAAAAUCUGCAGUCUCUUUCCCAAAAUUCACCGCUCCAGGAAAUAAAAUCUCACCAUCUCCCCACUACCAACGCUAGGCAAAAAAAGAAGAAAACAAAUGGGAUAUAUAGGGUCACAUGGAAUAGCAGCACUGCACAAAUACAAAUACAGUGGAGUAGAUCACUCUUGUGUUGCUAAAUAUGUUUUGCAACCGUUUUGGGCUCGCUUUGUUAACCUCUUCCCUCUUUGGAUGCCGCCGAAUAUGAUUACGCUUAUGGGAUUUAUGUUCUUAGUGACUUCGGCAUUUCUCGGUUAUAUUUAUUCACCUCGCUUGGAUACGCCUCCGCCGAGAUGGGUUCAUUUUGCGCACGGAUUGCUUCUAUUUUUAUAUCAGACUUUUGAUGCUGUUGAUGGAAAACAAGCUCGGCGGACAAACUCGUCCAGUCCACUGGGGGAGCUUUUUGACCAUGGAUGUGAUGCGCUUGCUUGUGCGUUCGAAAGCAUGGCUUUUGGUAGCACUGCCAUGUGUGGAAGAGAUACUUUCUGGUUUUGGCUUAUUUCAGCAGUUCCAUUUUAUUGUGCAACAUGGGAAAACUUUUUCACCAAUACUCUUAUUCUUCCAGCAAUUAAUGGACCUACAGAGGGUCUGAUGCUAAUAUGCAUGGCUCAUUUUCUUACAGCUGUAGUCGGUGCCGGGUGGUGGGCUCAACAGUUUGCGAUGUCUUUCCCAUUCUUGAGUUGGUUGCCAUUUGUAAGUGAAAUCCCUACUUACAGAGUUGUGCAGUUUUUAAUGACAGCUUUUGCUGUUAUACCUACAGUGGGAUUCAAUGUGUCUAAUGUCUACAAGGUUGUUCAAGCAAGAAAAGGCAGCAUGUUGCUGGCUUUAGCAAUGCUUUACCCUUUUGUUGUGCUCGUUGGCGGAGUCCUAUUGUGGGAUUAUCUGUCUCCAUCUGAUCUAAUGUCAAACUAUCCUCAUUUGGUCAUAUUGGGAACUGGACUUGCAUUUGGGUUUCUUGUGGGAAGGAUGAUUUUGUCUCACUUGUGUGAUGAACCGAAGGGAUUGAAAACCAACAUGUGUAUGUCUCUGUUAUAUCUACCAUUUGCCAUCGCAAAUGCACUCGCAGCCAGACUGAAUGAUGGAGUUGCUUUAGUUGAUGAGUUCUGGGUUCUUCUUGGUUACUGUGUAUUCACAAUGGGACUCUAUUUACACUUAGCCACAUCUGUCAUCCAUGAAAUUACAACAGCUCUGGGAAUAUGCUGCUUCAGGAUAACUAGGAAGAAGGCAUGAAAACGAUAGUUCUGAUUUUGCUGGCAAUUCUGGAGCAACGGGGCAAACUAUCUGUCAUGUUACUUUUACCCCCCUCUGUUACAGACUAUUCAACUAGUGUGAUAAUAGAGUAGGUGAACUGAGGAAUUCACACUUUUUAAGCAUCGUUAUAUAUUGAAAUUUAUAGUGGAUGCCAGAGUUUUCUA